AUCACCGAAUACAGGAAUUUUGACAGAAUUUCUGAUAUCUUACUUAAUAAGAGAAGAAUGUUUUAGCUCUUCUUUUAAUGGUUUUUCCGAGUAGAUUUUGUUGAUCUUCACACUCAAUUUGAGUUAUGUUUAUGUAUUUGUGAUGUUGGUGUAUUUUUGUACUGUAGUUUUAAUUGCAACGUUACUUGUCAGUGUAACCCACUUUAGCUUGUUGUGUUUGAAUGGUGCAUGUGAAGACUUCCAUGUUAAAAGAUGGAUAUUUUCAAUUUUUAUGUCAUUAACCGUUGCUGCUUGGGGUCUGAAACGUAAAAGCUUAGAUUGGACUGGAGCCGUUAGUGGUGUUGUUGUGGGUAUAGUUCUUACCUUCAGCAGCUAUUGUUUCUUGGCCUGCCUACUUACAUUUUUCUACACUUGCUCCAAAGCAACCCAUUACUGCUCAGAAAAGAAAAAGAAGUUGGAAGUUGAUUUUAAAGAAGGCGGCCAGCGUAACUGGAUCCAGGUGGUGUGCAAUGGCGGGGCCGCGGUGGAGGUCUCCCUGCUCUACCUGAUGCACGGAGGGGUGGGCGAGUGCCUGCUGGACUUUGAGGCCCACUACGCCAGGUCCUGGCUGGCCGCCUCCGUCCUGUCCGCCCUGGCCGGGGCCACCGGCGACACCUGGGCGUCCGAGAUCGGGACCGUGGUCGCCGGGUCCGAGCCCCUGCUCAUCACUUCCUUCCAGAAGGUCCCCGUAGGAACGAACGGCGGCUUCACGGUGGCCGGCCUCCUGUACAGUGCCUUGGGGGGAGGCGUCAUCGGGGCGUCGUACCUGGCGGCGCUACUGGCGUCCCACGACGCCGCGUCCGUCGUCCGGCAGGCCGGGUGCGUCCUGUUCGCCGGCACCUUCGCGGGGCUCUUCGGCUCCGUCCUGGACUCCGUGAUCGGAGCUACCUUGCAAUACUCAGGGGUGGACGUCCGCUCGGGCAAGAUCGUGGAGUGCCCGGGGGCGGGGGUGAAGCGCAUCUCCGGCCGCCCCCUCCUCACCAACCACUCCGUCAACCUGGUCAUGUCCGUCGUCAAUUCCAUCCUGGUGCCAACGCUCACAGCCAGCCUCUGUCUUUCCCUCGGAUAGCAUAGAUAUUUAUUCAAUAAAUAUUUUUGAUAC